AUGGUAGCGAUCUGUGUGAUCGUACGGCAAGGAAAGUCCGCGCCUGCGCCGCAAGAAGACGCGGGUCCACCGACACCGUACGAAUAUAAAUACGACGUGGAGGAUCCAGAGAAGACUUUGUACUUCGGGGCCAACGAAUCGGGAGACGCACAGGGGAAAGUCGUCGGAGGAUACCGGGUACUACUCCCUGAUGGUAGACUAAUGAACGUGGAGUACACCGUGGAAGGUGAGAGCGGAUUUGUGCCUAAGAUCAGCUUCGAAAACAACGCGAAUCCAUUCGGCAAAAGUAAAUAA